CUCUCUCUCUCUCUCUCUCUCUCUCUCUCGACAAGAGGGGAGAUUUCACACCCAUCAAUGGAAAUCACAUCAAGACCUCAGGAGAGAGAAAACCCAUCUCCCACAAACUCCCCAAACAGCAAUGGAAGCAGUAGCAACAGCAAUGGAUCACUCCAAAUUCAAACCCCACCAUUGACCCCAAAACCCAUAACUAGAUCUGAAACCAAUCCAUACCCAACCACCUUUGUCCAAGCAGACACCUCCACCUUCAAGCAAGUAGUUCAGAUGCUCACUGGAUCAUCCGAAACUGCUAAACAAGUCUCCAAACCAACCCCAUCAGAUCCACCACCUUCCAGAGGUUCUAUACCUCCGAUCAAGACCGGUGGUCAGAAGAAACAAGGUUUCAAGCUCUAUGAACGAAGGAACAGCCUCAAGAAUGGCUUCAUGAUCAGCCCUUUGAUGCCUGGUUUUGCCCCAAAUUCUGGGUUUUCGCCGCGUAAACAAGAGAUCUUGUCGCCGAGUAUUCUUGAUUUUCCCUCACUUGUUCUUAGCCCAGUUACGCCAUUGAUCGAAGACCCAUUUGACAAAUCUUCUUCACCUUCGAUGGGAAAUUCGUCGGAGGAAGAGAAAGCAAUUGCUGAGAAGAAGUUCUACUUUCAUCCAUCACCGAACACGACGACCGGAGUCGCCGAGCCCAGGCUCUUGCCUCUGUUUCCGGUGACAUCGCCGCGAGUUUCAGGGUCGUCUUCUUGAGAAAUGGUGGCGCGUGGAGGUGUAAUUGUGAGGUAGCUGUAAGGAGGAGUAAUGGGUGUUGGAUGGUUUGGAGAGAGUGGUACAGAUCUUGCUUCAAUUCCUACAAUUUGAUCUCUCUUCCAUCCCUUUUACCCCUCCCUAAGGAAAUAUUAUCUUCGCUUAUUUUCUUUCUUCUGUUUUCCUAUCUUUUUUAUUUUAUGUAAUUUUUUGCUUUUCAUCUUUCGCUGAAAAUAUCAAAUGUGAUAGAAAAUUCUUCAGGCUACCUUUUCUGUCUCUAUCCCUCUCUCUUUCUCUCUCCCCAAACCAUCUUUCCGUCACUUCACAAGUGUCAAUGUUUU